AUGCAAAAGUUGAAUUGGCAGUACAGGGUAAGUAGAAUGUCGGACGAUAGACUACCAGCCAUGGUUGACAAGGCAGCUUGGGGAAAAGCGACUCCAGGGAAGAAAGGAAUCAGAUGGGACAAGGUGGUAGAGAGGGUUUGGAAGGAGAUAGGAGACGAGGAGGAGACAUUGGACACGGAAGGGUUCGGGGGGUUCAAGAAGAAAGUCAAGGAGAUGCUAGAAAGUAGGGAGGAGGCAACCCUUCGGAAGAAGGUACGAAGCGAAGACCACUUGGAGAUAUACGGGAAGUUGAAAGAAGGGAUAGGGAUGAAGAUUUACUUGGACGGCCCCAUGGACUACGCAAAAAAACUGAAGUUGCAAUUUCGAGUAGGCGAUCUGGACUUGCCAGAACGGAGGAAGAGGUACAGCAGCCGUAGGAGAGAGGAAGAGGAGGAUAGACAGACAUGUCCAUGUGGCAAAUCGGAGGAGAGUAGACCCCACUAUUCCACCUCCCGAUCUAGUAGUUUAUUCAGCACAGCAGCGUCUUUCGUGCGGAUCCUUGGUCGGCUUCCAGCUCCUUCGCGCUCGGGCCAGGCAUCGACGCAGAGUACGUUCCGCAAUCCAUCGUCGACAAUGGCUCUACUUCUUACGUCACAAGUUCAGUUUUUAGCAACGCUGUCGUUAGUGGACAAUACGGGAGCGGAGGAUUCUGCUCUCUCUGCGUUUGCCAACGUCCUCAGGUGGGUAAACUUGUGGCCAAGCGAAAGCUUCUCGGAGGGUGUUGCAUCACGGAUCUUUCCGAGCGAACCCGACAAAAUCAAUGGAGACGAUGAUGGUGACGAUGAUGGUGACGAUGAUGGUGACGAUGACACAACGAAACGAGGAAUAUCCGUGUCAUUUACCCACGACCUCGGCUCUCUGUUGUUCAUGGGAAAUCUUGCGCUUUUUGCCGCGCUUCUGGCGAUCAUAUUUUCCUUGCACAUCUUGGUGGCGUCGGCAAUUGAAGCGCGCUGGCUGGCAAAGAUUGUGACUAUCGCGAAACCAAAUGAUGGUGGCAUGGGUAAUGAGCGUAGAGCUACACAGAGUUGCAACGGGCAACGUAUGUUACUUACGCACCCCCCAACCAACAAACUGCCCUCUUGCCUCUGUUUCGUGCUUUACAAGCAACGGGCGAGUAGGGAGGCUUCACGAGCCCUGGGCCAUGGCCUUUUUUCAGGCGAGCUGUCCACGGCCAUCUUGGACACACGCUUCCAGCAGCCGAGUUUGGAUGGGGGCUCCUCAGCAGGGAGUCAGUCGCCAGAUACCGUUCGGUCGCACUCAUUGAGAGGACCAUCUACGCCAUUUCGGGGCAGCAGCGACUCGGGGGAUUUGGAGAGCAAUGAAGAAGAAGGCGGACGAACGAACGCGCGUCAGAGGAAAUCGAUGGGCCAAGUGUUAGAGUGUCGAGAACUGUCGCAGUCACCGUGGCUCCAUUACCCGCACCUGGAACUCGUCUUUCUUUUCUUCGCCUUCGAGGGUGCAGUGACCUCACAGGUCUCAGCCUUGCGAAGUACAAGUUCUUCGAAGCUUUAUUACGCGGCCUUGGUGACGCUGGUGAGAGCAUGUGAAGCGGGGGCAGUGCUCUACCCAGUGCUGAUGUUUGCAAUGGUCGCGCGAACUCACAGGGUGAGGGUUCGAUCAGAUGCCCUCAUUGUGUUCGUGUCCAAUGAAAACCGCGUAACCUGGAUGGGAAGAAAAGAGUUUUUCUCUAAACUCCUCGCUGGUUCGAGAAAAGAUUUCAGCUUAUUUGCUUGGGCAGACAAAGGACAGUGGGAGACAGUUCAAACGUCGGACGUGAAUGCAAGACGUGAUGCUGAUUGGUUCCGGAUCGGGUUCGAGCCGCUGUUUGCCGACUUCACCCAAGCUGGAUCGUGGUUCAUUCUCUACACAUUGAUGGAGAACGCUGAUGCAAAUUCGAUCAGGAUAGCCUUGCUACAAGUGCCAAAUAGUACGAUCACUUUCGCCGGAGUGCUCACGUGCAGGCGGGGGAACUUUGAGGUCUCUUUGAUGAAGGUAUUUUCUCUGACCUUUUACAAUGCGCACCAGGACGCCCCGCCUCCAUGUAUAGUUCUUCGCGGCUGGGCGUUCUUUGCGAUCGUUGGCGUGCUGGUGGACAACAGUGCGGUUCAACUCGGGUUGUUCUGUGCCAUGCAUUCGUCGACCUUCAUCCUGCUCGUGGUUUUCAAGCCCUUCGCAAACAGGGGCUUGGUCAGCGCUACGUCCACCGAAAGCUUGGACCAUUCAAUGUCAAUGCAUUGGGAACCGGACAAUUUGGUGCCCUUUACCAAUGGGGAAAAAUCCGAAAUGAUGACCCUUGUCAUGUCUAGGAUGUCGACUAUGCCCAAUGAAACGCUGUUUUUUUGCAUUCUCGGCAUUCUUGGGACUGUUCUGCCAGAGUUGAUGGUCGGGCGGCGCGCUGAGCGAGAGUUCAUCACCCGUCGCACGCUCCGGCUGUGGGCACCCACCUGGUUCAGAAUGGUCGGCAACAACCUGUUCGCAUGUGUGAGGGAUACGAGAGAGGGUAUCCGUGACCCGACGGGGUCCAGGCUCCAAGCGCGUCUGCGAGCCGGGCGAAUCGGCCCUCAUCCCGAGUUGUACUUCAAACUACGCGUACCGGUUGCUAUCGACCUGCCACGUCGCCGUUCUGGUGCUUCAUAUUGGUACGAGGAGCACGUGGAUGCCAACACUGAGCAAUGCUCCCCUGGAAGACGUUCGAGCGGCCAAGGAUUACCCAUGGAGAAUGAUCUACCUCUCCGUCGUCCGCGAUACUCUUUCCAUUCGCGUACCUCCUCCCCAAGCAUGUAUACAUCCGGCGAAAUGGCAAAGCCUAUGAAAAUGGACGAGCACCGAAGCUAUGGAAGGCAGAACCAAGCAGGUGCUACCAAGGACGAUCUGCCCCGCCGCCGUUUCUUUUCCCCCUCGAUGUUGGGGAGUGUGGAUAAUGUCAUCGCCGAACAGGCGAUGCAGGAUUAUGGCAUUGACACGGGAGCUAUCUCAGAAGUGCAAGAUCGAAAUCACGGUCGGGGUCGCACACCGGGAGGACCGACAGAGGAAGAUUUGCCGCGUCGUCGCCCAGGCUAUUUGCUUGCUCCAGGGGUGUUGGUUGACCGGGCCGACAACCUCCACGUCGUUCGGUCUGCUCCGGAGCAUGAGGAAAGUCGAACACAAAAAAGGGGAGGGCUCAUGGACGAUAGCUUGCCCCGGCGUCGUUCCUGUCUGUUCUCCGACUUGGGAAGUUCGAAAGGGCGCAUCGACGAUCAUGGCCUGCUGUCAGUGCUGGAACACGAUCAUGGUCUGGAAUAUGCUGUUGAUGAGAUCGAUGCUCGACGUGAUUGGGAGCGUCGACGGGCAGGACCCAUCGAAGACGAUCUGCCUCACCGCCGCUCCGGUUUCUCGUCGACUCCUGGGGCCGCGUCACAUGAUCCCGACCACCCUGGUGUGCAGACUAAGCACGACUACAGCAAGAAUACACGGCCCACUGGAGACAAACGAGGUGAUAGACGUAGUGUAACUCAGAGAUGGGGCGAACCCGUCGAAGAUAGCGUGCCUCGGCGUCGUUCGGAUUUCUCUUCCGCUUCAACGGCUUCGGUGGACGGCAGCAAUAAACGACAAAAGGAGUCCGUGUUGAUGUGUGAGAAUUACCAGGAACCUGUGGUGGAUGAAGAGAGUAGGCGUGGUUGGGGUCGCGUGCGAGCAGGACCUGCCGAGGACAACCUACCCCACCGUCGCCCAGUUUUCCCGUCCAUGUCGGAUUAUGCCAAGGAUUCCAGAGGGCAUGGACUGCGAAAAUGGGGAGAACCUGUUGAGAAUGACUUGCCCCGGCGUCGGUCGUGGUUCUCUUCUGCUUCAACGGCAUCGAUAUGCAGCAUCAGUGACACCGGACUACCGUCAAGAACGGACCACAGAGAUGGUGUUUUGCUUGAUGCCGACGAUGACGGCCUCCAGCAUUGUCGAGGAAGAAAACGGUGUGGGCCAAUUGAAGACGGCCUGCCCCAGCGUCGCUCUAUUUUCUCUAUUGCGUCGACGGAGUCGGUAGGCAACAGCAGUAGCACUGGCCCGCAGCCAACACCGGAGCUUGGGAAUAGUGCGACGUCUGCUGUGUGUGAGGACGGACGACUUGCCCCGGCGUCGGCCGUGGUUCUCUUCUACUUCGACGUCAUCGACGAGAAGCAUCAGCGACACCAGACAACCUUCAGCGUCGGACUAUGGAAACGGUGGAACGUCUGGUGUCGACGAGAGCGGUCAUAG